CAACAGUAGAUUUAUGGUCCAUAUAUUUCAACAGGUUAAAUGAGGGGCCAUCCUAGUAAGACUUAAAUUAUAUUCACUCAUAUACCAACACCACACCAAUAAAUGUGAUUAUGGCUGAUUAUGAAAAAAUUUCUUUGCAAUCUACAAGAAAACAAGAGGCAGAGGCAAGAAAGCAUUGCUUUGCUCUUUCUGUGCAAAAGUGCAAGAUCCCAAUGUUCAAAUGCUGGUAAGUGAACCUCGGUUUCAGAAUGACAAGACAUGCAACUAUAACCACAAUUAUAUUUUGACGCUGAUACAGACAGCAUUAAGCGAGAUGCAUGAUUUCUUAAGAUCAGAAAGAUGUGGCUCUCAGAGAGCUGUAGAGCAAGGUCUUAAUUCGCAUUCUACAGAUGAGGAAUUGCGUCAAUUUAGUUAAUAAUUUGAUAUGAACUUGUGAUGCUAUUUACAACAUACAGUAGAAGAGAAUUGUUUUUGUUCCGCAAAUACCAAAUCCAUUGAAUUAUUGGCAGUGCUGUAAAACUGAAUUUUAAAAAAUGAGAAAUGUUACCUCUAACAUUUCUCACUUUUUAAAAGCAGCAGAUUAUGUAGGCUAUAGUCCAUUAUAUGUCCUGAACUAUAUGGUAAUGUAUAUCCCCAGCUUUUUACAUUCAGAACCUCAGAGAUGCAGUUUAGAAUACAAACAGUCUCUCCGGACAAGACUUAAAUUAGGAAGGAAGGAACAAUUGGCGUGCUGAAAACAAGCUUUUAGGGCUGCAAUCAAUACUUUAGUUUGGGGGGGGUGUAAUCACACAUAUCGCAUGCACUCCACAGAAGAUUAAUGUCACUGAUCUGUGCAUGCAAUAUUAAAAACACCUCACCUCCCUUAGAGAAAUAAGUUCUGUUUAAAUGUAGUAUUCUUGCCAAUUUAAGUAAUUUAAUUCUGAAAAGGGACAGGGCGGGAGAAGAGCUGCGUGACAGAUGGAGCUCAAGAAUAGGGUGAGUGUAUGAGAGUGAGUGGUGGUGUGCUCUCUUCCUGUAUUUUCACAUUUUUGCACUUCUCGUAAUGGGGGGAUUGAGAAGUGUGGAGGAUGUUGACUGAAGUGGUGUGAGAUCAGAGAGACGCAGUAAGAGAGAGAGAGAAAACAAGAGGCAGCGGCAAGAAGACCGGCAGACUAGACAGUCUGCAAGAGAGUGAAGAGGGUUAGAAAAAGCUUUUCAAUAAAGAACGAGAGGACGAGGACCAACACAGAAAAAGACUGAAGGCAAGCUGAAAAAGAGAGCUGAGAGGAGGACAGGGAGGAGCAGACACUGUCAAAAGGACGUGAAAAAAAGAGGAGUCUGCAGGAUUUAUGACUCAUUCACAGACUGAAGAGAAAGGUGAAGAUAGAUAAUAAAGUGUUAAGGACAAGGACUGUAGUUGAAUAAUAUAUUAUCACAUAUGUAACUCAAGUUUGUAACAAGUUACAGUUUGAUGGAGGAAAAAAAAAACCACACUGGACUGCUGUGCUCACACACUUCUCUACACGGUCCCACGCAUUUAAACUGCAGCUGUGCUGAAUCUCCUACGGCAGCAUAUUGAUGAACCUGACAACACUGAAGUUGAUACUCCUCAGCCACAAUGACAACCUUCUCGUCUGCCUCUUCUUUCCCCUUCACUCUUCCAGCUUCUCCAUCGUCUAACUCCUCUCUUUCUAUCUCUACUUCAUCCCUCCCUGUUUCGAUGUCAUCAGUUUUCUCUGCCACCUCUCUUCCCCCUCCCUCCAUCUCCAGCUCUUCAGUGGGCCCAAACCAGACUGAGUGUUUGUUUCAUGACGAGGCCCUCCGUCUGCCACUGGCGGUCCUAUACUCCCUGUUCUUCCUAUUUGGGCUUGUGGGUAACCUCUUCGCCCUGUGGGUCUUCCUUUUCCUACACUCAAGCCGCAACUCUGUGCGGGUGUUCCUCAUCAACUGUGCUGUGGCUGAUCUGGUCCUCCUGGCGUGUCUGCCCUUCAGGGUGUUCUACCAUGUUAAGGGAAACCAGUGGGUACUGGGAUCUGUAGCCUGCAAGAUGGUGGGAAAUGUGUUUUACAUGAACAUGUACAUCAGUAUUACAUUACUGGGGCUCAUCAGCUUGGACAGGUACGUGAGGUUAAAGGGGAAAAGCAGAGUACGGAGAUACAUGAGGAUGACGCUGUGGGGGCACAGCUGGCCGUGGAGCUGGGUGGCAUGCUGGGCUCUGUGGGGUCUGUCACUGGGGGCGCUGGUGCCCAUGAUCGCCACUUCAGAGGACAGCGAGGGCCAAAACAUAUGCUUCCAGUACAAGCAGCGUCACAACCAAGCCAAAGGGAAAGCCUACUUCAACGGGGUGCUGGUGGUGAUAUUCUGGCUCGUCUUCAUCAUGCUGGUGGUCUCCUACGCGAACAUCGCUUCCCAGUUGCUGAGGAUGUCACGGGACAAGCCGGACCUUCCCAACGCACAGAGAUACCAACGAACCGCCAAGAAGUCCUUCUUUGUCCUCUUUCUGUUCACCGUCUGCUUCGGGCCCUACCACGCCUUUCGCCCCGUCUACAUCCUCUCCCAGCUCAGCAACCAAGUAAAUUGUGACUACUUGAAACUGGUGGACCGUACCAAUGAGGUGAUGCUGUUAUUCUCCACCUUCAAUAGCUGUUUGGAUCCUGUCAUGUACUUUCUGUUAUCUGGUUCAGUGCGCAAAACCGCCCUCAAAGCACUUGGACACCGACUUGGCAACCGGUUUCUCUUCCUAAAUGAUGCGACAUCUAACAGCUCGACAAUGGAGUUCAGACGACCAUCUGUACCUAUGGCUUUACCUAACCCUGAACUACACACCCCCUCAGUCACCCCCAGAACAAGUAUCUGUGUCAUCAACUCCACCCUCCGCCGCACAGGAUUGACCACGCUUCCACAUACUGGCCAACAGUGAUCCCAAGCUUUGUCUGACUACAAAUAAUGUAAACCUGAAAAUACCUGACAUUUCUAACAUAGGCCAGACUGGUUGGCCAAUUCUCUGUAAAACUUAGCAAAGCAUUUCUACACAUACCUACUUCUUUUGUUAAAAAAAAAAGAAGUUUUUUUUUUAUUCUUUUACUACUGAGCUAUUCUUACUGUUAGUUUCAGAACAUCUGUGCUUAGUUGGAAUCAUUGUUUAAAUUCUAGUUUAAUGCCUGAGUGAAAGACUGACAAUACAGUAAUGUCUUAAGAGAUACACUGCAGCUUUUCUAAGAAUACAUGCUCUGUGUAUUUCCCAUCAGAGAGAGUGUUAUAAUUUUUCUGAAAGAAAUAAAUGUUUAUAUUGGUGAAAAUUGA